CGAAAGCGAUAUCCAGGACACAGAGCUCGAUCGAGCACUUUUCGUUGCCUCUAAAGUCUUGCUCAAGGUCCAUAUGGCCAUCGUCCUCAGCAAUGGACGCCUAUCAAUGCUCGAUCUGCGGAAAGGUCUUUGGCAGACAAGAGCACCUAAGACGCCAUGAGCAGAGCCACAAAGCUCCCGAAUUCCGAUGCUAUCAAUGCCCAAAAGCUUUCCACCGGAAAGAUGCACUCAAUAAGCAUGAACAGACUCAUCUGGUCACCGGCCCCUCGCUUCUGCAAAGAGGUGUUCGGGCUUGCUCGGCCUGCGCAUCGAUGAAAUCUCGCUGUACUGGCGAUGUCCCAUGCGCAAGAUGCAAAUCGAGAGGGACGCAAUGCGUCUAUCCGCGAGGGAGGCGCUCAGCCACGGUCGACUCCGUUGCUGCCAGUCAAACCGGCGGCUACCACAUCCAUAGUAACUCCAGCUCACAACAGGUGCAAUCGACCGAGGCAGAUCAAGCUUCUGGAGCCUCUGCCUACCCACACGAGUCUCAUCCAGCACAACCUGAUUCUAAUAGCGCUGCAGCACUACGUGCUGGAGACUCCUCGGUACUCUAUCCUCCCAACGUUGAAAGCUUAGUCCAGCAGCAUUUUCAAUACUCUCAGGGAAGCGCAAUUCCAGACCCCCUUGAGCAGGGGAUUGCAACACCAGCCCUAGACUGGACCUCGAACAUGGUGUCGACUAUCAACUGGCUUCAGCCCGAGUCCAUCAGCUUCAAUGACGAAGAUCUCAAUAGUUUGUUUCCAAUUUUCCCGGGCGAUUAUAUAUUCUCGCCGAGCAUCGACCUCGUAAGCCCGGAACAUGGCUUUGACGUCGAGUAUCCUCCAAACAAUCCAGUCUCGAGCAUAAUUAAUCAACAACCACCAGCUCAAUCGGCCCAUGAGCUGUUCAGUCACCACAAGAUCUCUCCAUCUACUGACUUGUCAACUCCUGCUGACAAGCCAACUGUAGCUAGCGGCGAAUAUUAUGUCGACGGCGAUGUGGGUAGGUUACCUAGGUCGAAGCGCCGGAAGAUUGCGUCUCGGCCUCGGAGUCUUGAAGAUGCGGACGAGCCAGAAUUCUCCCUAGAAUAUCGAUUCCCUAUUGACUCCGGAGCACCAUCAUCAGAAGAGAGACUCCGUCUCUCGGACAAGGCAUAUGGCCAGCUACAGGCUCUCUACCAGCAGCUAUGCCUGGGAACAAUGAUUUUUAGGCCCUUUAUGCCUUUCAUGUUUCCCUCGAAGCAAGCGAUGGAGGGGCUGCUCACCAACUACUUCGCAAAUUUCGACCAAACCAUGCCGUUCCUGCACUCGCAGACUUUCAGUGCGGACUCAAGGCACUGCAUAUUACUCCUGGCAAUGAUGGCCGUCGGCAGCUGCUUUGCCGACAACAAUGAGCAGACGGAAACAUUCACUCUGUCCAUGCAUGAAUUUGUCCGGAGAGUACUGAUACUCAGCGAAGAACAAAACUACUGGCGUCCGUCAAACCCAGAGGUGCUGGCGCAGACCCAAUUGUUACAUGCCGUGGGUGCUGGGUACGCCUUGUAUGAACCUCUGCGCGCUUCUGCACAUCGGUCGCUGCAGGAAGCAACUAGAUAUUGCCGCAACCACUGGACCAGGCAAAAGAUCGCUGCCGCUCGUGAUCGCCACGAUGAUGAUGUCGGCCCGAGCUGGGAAGCCUGGACGCGGAACGAAGAAUUACUCCGUACUGGAUUUUGUAUCUGGCUUUUAGACUGCAUGUGGGCAUUUCAGUAUCAGACACCACCACAUCUGCGUCUCGAUGACGCUGCUACAAUGACUCUUCCUUGCCCUGAUCGUCUGUGGGCGGCAGAAGAUGGCUCGGAAUGGAAUCAAAUAAGAGCCGGCGUGUCUACCGCAGUUCCAACGCUACUCGAAGCGUUGCGGAAUCUUUAUGUCGACAAGCGUCUCCUGCCGAAUCUAGGGGAGUUCAGCCGCAUCCUACUGAUUCAUGGUCUCUUCCAUCGGACCUGGGAGAUCAAGGCGACGGCCACCCAAAGCCUUUCGCUGUUUGAGCCUUCUGCGCAAAAGCAAACGAGCCAUGAAAUUCAAUCCAAGCUACCCAUAUGGCCACCGGCUAACCCCCUCUUCAAUAGAUGGAGGAAUUCGGCUUGCGACUGUCUGGACAUACUGCAUUGGAGUGCCAAUGCGAUGAUUGGAGCCUCAAGCGGCAUGGAGCACCCGACCGUGCUUCAUCUGCAUCUUGCACGAAUCGUACUCCUCGUCCCACUCAACGAUAUCAUACUCUUCUCCCACUACCUCAUUCGCUCGAGCAAAGAAUCCAGCCGCCUCUUCCCAGCCGUGACUUCCGCAGAAGCCGAAGAACGCAGGCGGUCGAUUCAGCGCUGGGCCAUCCAAGAUCAGUACAAGGCGCGUUUGGCCGCCAUCCAUGCCGGAGUUGUGUUCUGGCAUGUCCGACUGUAUUCAGUCAAUGGAUUCUAUGAGCCCACUGCCGUUGCCUUUGCAGCCUUGAUGUUCUGGGCGCUUAGCGCAUUCUCGCCCAAGAAAACGACCCCGGCGAAAGGCAGCCGGCGUGGAGGAGGAACGUCUUCGUCCGAGAGUUCCCCUUCAGCGGAUGUCUGCGACAUUAUCCUCAUUGACCGCCCCACUGACGACGAGCUUGUGCAACAAUUCGUAAGACAAGGCAACAACAUGCGUGUCAACAUCACAGGCGUCGGGGACCUCUUUGGACCCAAGGGCGCCCGGAGAGUGCUUAUGGAGGGACAAAAAUUACUCCUCACGCUGGGAAGUUGGCGAGGAAUCUCGAAUCACUGGCUGAGAGUCCUCAACAGACUCGAAAAAGUUACUGCGGCAGCGGAUGUGAAUCUUGCGCCUGCUGAGGAGAAUGUAUCAGCCGGAUGAAGGAAGAAACCACUAGGCUUGAUGUCUGGCAUAUUCCUGGUACAGCGUAGCAAUGUGACUAAGUUAGCUAUCUCGGCCUAACGUCAGGUUGGCUCGG